GGAGGAGCAGCACAAGGAGUUUACGGCCAAGCUCAUGACCAAUAUGGUUUACUCUAUUAACCAUCUGCAGUCUGAGCUGGCAAAUCUCCAGCGGGCCAUGAGGACCUACAAGGUCCAGCACGAGGAUGCGACUCGGGCACUUGAUUCCCGUAUGCAUGACCUGGAGCAAGCUGCACCAGGACCGCAGGUUGGCGAAUCCACCAGCGCACCCUCGAACCGCCAACUGGAGGAACGAGUUGACCACGUAGUGGCAAUGCUUGGUGACAUCAGUACCUUCACAGCGGCAGCCACCAUCAGCCAGCAGCUCGACGAUCUGGAUGCCAAGUUCGGGCAGCAACCGCAGCCAUCUCAGCACAGCACCAACAACAGCUCGGCGAAGCCGUACAAGAUGCCGACGUUCCGGAUCGAGAAGUUUGACGACUACACUCAUCAGGACCCGGUCGUCUGGUGGCAAGGAUUUACGACGGAGUUGGGGAUUCACGAGGUCCCCAACCAUCUGUUCAUCAGUGCGUUGUUCCUCAACACCAAGGGAGGAUGCCAAAUCUGGCUCAGCCACAUGGCAAACAUCCACGGCGUCCAGGUUUCGGACCUGUACAAGACGGUCUCUUGGGAGGUCAUGACGAAGGAGUGGAAGAAGCGGUUCAUAGUGGACGACGCACCUGCGCUCGCCAUCAACCGCAUCUUCGCGAUGGCUCAAGGGAGCACACCGACACGUGACUGGCUCACGGAUUGGCAGAAGAUCGUGGCCACGCCCGAUCUGGACUUACCGUUCAUACAUCUGCGCCGUGAGUUCUACAACAGGUCAUGCACCGCUCUCAGCCUCGCACUUGGUGAUCGCGAGCAGUACAACACUUUCGCAGAGAUCAUCAACAAGGCGAGAGAGAUCAUCAAGACCAACAGGCCGGCUGCACACGAGAAGUCAACAUGGCAGCCGGCCUAUGUGGACAAGGUAAAGACUGGUCCGCGGUCGCAGCAUGUCGUUGCAGUCCUAUCGGACAGUGGAGAAGAUCCGGUAGCCGCCCAAGCAUCACGUGAGGGAGAUCAGGUGGCUGCUGUCCAGCCGCGAAGCAACAACAAGUCCCGAGGAAAUGGGAAGGCGAAAUCAGCAUCGCAGGCUGGAAACGGACAGCCAGCACCAUGGGUCAAGUUCAACUUGACCGAGGCCGAGUACAAGUACCGCGGCCRUUACGGCUGYUGUUACUGGUGCAACAGCACCARGCACAAGACCUCCCUUUGCCAGGAUCAGGCCAAGGAGGAUGUGCGGCCUCCCGGAGUUUGGACGAGCAUGUGGAACACCUGCACACCGUUUUGGAGCGGCUACGACAAGCCAAGUACAAAGCCAACUGCGACAAAUGCGAAUUCGCGCGACAGGAGCUGGAGUACUUGGGACGCCACAAGGCAAGGCAUCUGUCCGCUUGCGGACAAGAUCGAGGCCCUACGAGUAAGGCCCGAGCCCACCAACACCACAGACGUUCGUUUGUUCAUGGGAUUGGCGGGCUUCUAUCAGCGAUUCAUCACCGGAUACUCAAGGAUUGCUGCACCUAAGACGAGAUUACAAUCGCCGAAGGUGCCAUUCGUAUUCGAUGACGACGCACACCGGUCAUUCCAAGCACUCAAGACGGCCAUGCUCAUGGCACCCGUCCUUAGCAUCUAUGACCCCACCCUGCCGACGAGAGUGACUACAAACGCGUCCGGCUAUGGCAUUGGGGCAGUCUUGGAACAGCACGACGGCGACGACUGGCACCCUGUGGAGUAUUUCAGCCACAAAGUGCCUCCCAUCAACUCGCUUGAUGAUGCAAGGAAGAAGGAGUUGCUCGCGUUCGUGAUAGUUCUCAAGCGAUGGCGACACUUCCUCCUUGGGUGUCGUAGGUUCACAUGGGUUACAGACAACAACCCACUGACUUACUACAAGAUGCAGGAUACGGUGAGCAGCACGAUCGGACGAUGGAUGUACUUCAUCGACCAAUUUGACUUCACACCGAAACAUUUUCCCGGCCGCUCCAAUCGCACAGCAAAUGCACUCUCGCGAAGACCUGAUGUUUGCGCUAUGACACAUCAUGCGUUCGCAUUCGACGAGGAGCUCCAGCGACACUUCAUCAGGGGCUAUGAGUCCUCCGCGACCGCCUCAGACACGGCGGCAUCCUCACGGUCGUGGACCGAUUGAGUAAGUAGGUGCGUUUUCUCCCUUGCAAGUACUACCCCACGGCUCCCAAGCU